AUGAGCUUUGGAUUCAGCUUGGGAGACUUGAUUUCCAUUAUUACUUUGGCUAAUAAGCUCCGAAAAGACUUUGUUGGUGCUCCAAGCCAGUUCAACAGUAUCACUAGAGAGGUCAGAGGACUGGCAAUUAUCCUCCAAGAUCUCGAUAUUCAACUACUGGGUUACGAUAUCAAUGAUAAGCAACAAAAGCAACUAGCUGAAAUCAGUCACAGCUGUGGGAUCCUACUGAAUGAGCUUCAAGAUGCCAUGGAGAAAUACAAAGUCGUUGAUUAUUCUGGUACAUCAAUUCACAAAAAGGCUAGAAGUAUCUGGAAGAGGAUUUCCUGGGAGCCGGAAGACAUAAGCGAGCUCCGAGGUCGGCUGAUGUCUAAUGUGAUGUUGCUCCAGUCAUUCAUGAGUGCUAUAUCAAGGCAAACUAUGGUGGCGACAAAACAAACACUGGAACAUCUCAACCAACGACAGCAAAGCGAUGAACGGUCUUGCAUUCUUGACUGGCUGUCUGCCGCUGAUUACACUUCGCAACAGAGCGAUCUUCUCUCUCGACGGCAAGAAGGAACUGGACAAUGGCUUCUCAAUUCGGAAGAAUAUGAACAUUGGCUUCGCACACCCCGAGCGACCUUGUUUUGUCCGGGCAUUCCAGGUGCAGGAAAGACCAUCUGUUCUGCCAUCCUUGUCGACGAUUUGAUUACGCGCUUUCAGGAUAAUCCAAAUGUUGGCAUAGCCUACAUUUAUUGCAAUUUUAAUCGCCAAGAUGAGCAAAAGGUUCAAGACUUGCUUUCAAGCUUGUUAAAGCAACUAAGCCAGAAGAGAAAAUCUGUCCCAGAUGCAGUCAAGGACCUCUACACGCGCUACAAAGCUACAUCGACGCGUCCACAAUUUGACAAAGUAUCAAGAGCUCUGCAAACAGUCGCUUCCAUUUAUUCGGACGUGUUUAUUGUCGUCGAUGCCCUCGAUGAGUGCGAAUCCACUUGCCGUACCAGACUUUUGCGCGAGAUGAGGAGAAUUCGUGCCGGUGCUGGAGCAAAUGUCUUCGCCACGUCAAGGCCCACGGAGAUAAACGAUUUGUUUAAAGGGGGCGGAAUCUUGGAGAUACGGGCUCAUGAGGACGAUGUUCGACGAUACAUUGGUGGCAAUAUGUAUCGACUCCCGGGAUUUGUGGGUCGAAAUACUACAUUGCAAGAGGAGAUUACGACUGUAAUCCCGCGCCAUGUACAGGGAAUGUUCCUUCUUGCACAGCUUUAUUUCGAGUCAUUGAUCGGCAGGAGGUCAGCCAAAUCUACUCGAACGGUUCUGAAAGAGUUCUCAGAUGGGGCUAAUGAAUAUGCAUACGACAAGGCUUACGACAACGCCAUGAGCCGAAUUCAAGGGCAACUGAGAGAGCAAACUGAAUUGGCGAUACAAACUCUCUCUUGGCUCACAUGCGCAAGAAGACCGCUCACUUCAUUGGAGCUCCAGCAUGCACUUGCAAUAGAGAAAGGGGAAUCUAGCCUUGACGAAGAGAAUAUGCCGGAGAUUGAAGACAUCCUUGCUGUGUGUGCUGGUCUAGUUACCGUCGAAGAUGAAAGUGGGAUAAUUCGGCUGGUUCAUUAUACAACGCAAGAAUACCUCGAGCGGAAGAAAGAUGUACUGCUUCCCAGCGCCGAAAAUGAAAUCAGCAUGUUGUGUGUCACAUACAUUUCAUUUGACAUAUUUGGAUCUGGGAUUUGUGAAAGCGAUGAAGCGUUCGAGGAGCGUUUAGAAUCACAUCCAUUCUACCCUUAUGUGGUACGCCAUUGGGGCGAUCAUGUGGGUGUAACUAGAAUUCUGCAUCCUGAUGUGAUAAACUUCUUGAAAGAUCAGGCAAGGAUUGAUGCCUCAGAACAAACACGCCUUGUUGUAAAGCACUCAAUCCCAAACAACUGGAGCCAGAACUUCCCAAGGGAAAUGACGGGUCUGCAUCUCGCUGCAUUAUAUGGAAUUGAAGAAGCAGUGUCUUACUUUCUUCAACAUCAGCACCCUGUGGACAUGCGCUAUAAUGGUGGCCGGACGCCGUUGCAAUGCGCCAUUUCAAGAGGCCAUUUGAACCUCAUUCAAUUACUUCUCGCCCAUGGAGCAGAUCCCAAGGGGAAUGGCGAUUUAAACAACGACCCGUUGUCAUCUGCUGCGGCUCUCGGGCAUGAAGAUAUUGUCAGACUUUUUCUCGAGCGGGGGGUUGAUGUUAAUACCCCGCCUGGAUCGGAUAGAAGCGCCCUAAUUGCAGCAUGCGGCAAAGGCCGAAUACACACUGCGGAGAUUCUCCUCAACAGCGGCGCAAACAUCGAUGCUGAGAGUCAGCUCUUCGGGAACCCCUUAGAAGCCGCUGCUGUAGCUGGUCACUGGGAACUAGUAACUCUCUUGCUUGAGAAGGGCGCCGAUCCCAAUUCCCAAGAAAGCGAGAUCGAACCCGCAUUGCAAGCAGCCUCGGCGAGCGGCAGGGAAGAUAUGGUGCAAAUUUUGCUCAAUCAUCACGCGGAUAUCAACCGACAAGGCGGGGCAUAUGGAACCGCCCUCAUAGCGGCCUGUAUCAACGGGCAUGAGCAAAUAACAAGGAUACUUCUCGAUAACGGCGCUAAUCCAAAUUCGGAAAACGGAGCUUUCAACAGCGCACUGAGAGCGGCCUCGAUGAAUGGGAAUCAGCAAAUAGUGCAAAUGCUGCUCGACAGCGGUGCUAACAUAAAUGCGGAACAUGAGCGUGGCACAGCCCUGAUGGCUGCUGUUGCAAAAGGACAAUGUCACAUUGCAAAGAUGCUGCUCGAGAACGGCGCCGACCCUAAUGCUCGUGGCAGACCACAUGGCACUGCUUUGCAUGCAGCCGCUGCGUUCGGAUUUGUUGAAAUAGCGCAGAUUCUACUCGACAGAGGUGCCGACAGCACCAUUCGUGCCGGUGUUUACAAAACGCCCCUGCGAGCAGCGAUGAUGAGAGGUCAUCGGGAGGUUGCCGCGCUUCUCAAAAGACAGGGCAGCACUUAA